UGUGACGCUGGGGUUGUCUCACCACACACAGCGACCUUUCCAUUACCAACACCAAGUCCAGUCUCAGAAGGAGUCGCCUGACGCGCAGCGCCGAUAGCAGCAAGGUGUUUCUCCGUUCUCUGUUGCGAAGCAGCAGAAGGGUAAUCAGAGCACGGGGAGGGUUGGGGGACGUUUUCGGAGACGCAAGGGGACCUCGAGUUCUACGUUCUCUGCACGAUGAGGGAAGUCUGAGGUGGCAGUCCCCCGUCCAGUCACGCUUCCUUCGGCGGUAACCAAGGUCUAGCUCAUGAACCGGUGUCCUCUGGCGUGGAAUUCUGUUUUCACUUAGAACUCUGCUUCUUGGACAAAUGCAUACAAAUGCAUUUAGGAGCCCAACGGACAAGGAGUGGACAAGGUUCUCUCACAGCGAAAACGAGAGUCCUCCUUUUGCUCCUGUCAGUAUGUGCCACUGUGCUCUUCGCAGAAGAACAUUCACAAGCUCAAGGUGUAGAUCUCAUACUCCAGCUGGGCCUGUCUGGCCACAGAGACACCACCCGCUCCUCCUGGAUCUCCUCCUCCUCCUCUGCCUCCAGCCCUCCUGUUCCCUCCAUCUCGCCUCUCUCUGCCCUCCCCCCCGGGGCCGGCGUGACUCUGGGCCGUGACGCCCUCGUUGAGGCCCCUGCGGCGGGUCUCCUCCCCGCAGGCGUGGAGGAAGAGUUCUCCCUCGUCGUGAGCCUCCGCUCGCGGCCGUCCGGCCACGCCUUCGUGUUCAGCCUCCGGGACGGCGCCGAGCGCCUGCAGUUUGGCGUGCAGCUGCUGCCCGGCCGGGUGGCGGUGUACACGGGUGGCAGGGCAUCCGUCUACUUCGCGUACGAGGCGCAGGAUGGCUGCUGGCACUCCUUCGCCGUGGCGGUACGCCCGCGUUCCGUGUCCUUCCACGCCCGCUGCGGGACCCUGCGCUACAGCGAGGAGACGCUGAGCAGGCGCUGGGCAGCGGGGCCGGACGGGCGCGUGGCCGUGGGGAGGAUGAGCCCCAGGGCGGCGCAGUUCGAGGGAUCUCUGUGUCAGCUGGAGAUCUACCCAUCAGCGCAGGUCGCCGCGCACUACUGCGACUACCUUAAAAAGCACUGCAGACUGGCCGACACUUUCCGAUCGCCCUCAUCCCUAUCCCUCUCAGCGCACCCCUCUCUCGGGUCCCCUGGGUCUACCCCAGUUGCCUCGCCUACCCCCUCGGAAUCACACGCAUCCCGGCCAGCUGCCCUCCCAGCCGAAGUUACAAGCCCCACGCUCAGGGAGCCUUUAGGGCAGCUUCGACCUACGAAUGCUUCCUCUCGGGCUGUGCUGAGCAGCGGUGCCACUGAGCCUGCCAGUUCUCCUUCGAUCUUCCCAAGCCCGGUGCACGUGCUGGAUCUUCCCCCAAGGACUAGCACCAGAGGCCUUCCACGUGAGGGGGAGCCCCAGGGGGACGAUGACACAGAGGGCCACCCGACAAGGCCCCGCGCCACUCGGGCCACCCCGGACCUGAUUGCCUUACGCAGGCCGGACAGCCGGAGAGAUCCCCCGAGCGACAGCAUCCCGCCUCUGCCCAGCAACAGCCUGAUGGAGACCCAGCUGAAGGUGAACGGCGCCACUUUGUACAGGCAACAGGAUGAGCACGACCAGCAAGAGAGGCUGAAGGACAACCACGAUUGGACUUACGACACAGGAGAUACCGAGGCGUACGGAUAUGAUUACGGGUUUGAGGAAGGAGAAUAUUUCUUCGACUAUGAUGGCUUCGAUGGUCUGAAAGGGGACCCGGGCCCUUCGGGUCCUCCCGGGCUUCCUGGACUCCCUGGGCCCCCAGGAAAGCGAGGCCCUCGGGGUCCUCCAGGUCCUCAUGGGAACCCUGGCCCACCUGGUGUACCUGGCCCAAAGGGUGAAAAGGGGGAUUCGGGUCUGUCCCCAGGUCAGGCACCAAAAGGAGAAAAGGGUGAGAAAGGCCGCCCAGGUCUGCUGGGCCCCAAAGGUUUCGUAGGCCCACCAGGCCCCAAAGGCUAUGCAGGCCCACCAGGUCCUGCAGGAGAACAGGGUGUGCCAGGGUUGCCAGGCAUGAUCGGGGCAGCAGGUUACCCUGGCAGGCAGGGAUUUGCAGGCCCAGAGGGAAACCCUGGAUCUAAAGGUGUUAUUGGUUUCAUCGGACCCCCGGGUGCAGCAGGUCUGGUGGGGCCACAGGGCGAGAGAGGGAGUCCAGGCCCUGUGGGAAAGAAAGGCCCCAAAGGCAGACAGGGCACGCUCGGUGGCGUAGGGGAGAGGGGCCCUCCAGGCCCUGAUGGGAAAGAGGGACCUGUCGGAGGAACUGGCACAGGUGGCUUCCCUGGUCUCCGAGGCGACCCUGGGCCUGAGGGACCACGUGGACUGCCUGGCAUUGUGGGACCUCAGGGCCCGGCAGGAGGGGUGGGGCCACCUGGAUUGAAAGGUGAUAAGGGUGAACCUGGAUCAAGGGGUGAACCAGGAGAACACGGUUACCAAGGUGACAAAGGUGCUGCAGGAGUUUCAGGACUGCCCGGACCACGCGGAAAGCCCGGACCACUGGGGAAGACAGGUGAUCCAGGAGCCCCCGGACAUGCAGGGCCUCCUGGACCUGAGGGGUUUCCCGGAGACAUCGGCGUUCCAGGUCCUAACGGCCCGCCGGGACCGAAGGGUGUUGAAGGGGCGCGAGGGCUUGCAGGGCCCACAGGGCCAAAGGGCACAGAGGGUGAUGAAGGCCCUUUGGGUCCACAUGGUGGACCUGGUCCAACUGGCAGACCUGGAAGGAAAGGUUAUAUUGGUGAGCUGGGACCUGAUGGAGUGAAGGGUGAAGUCGGCGAUCCAGGAACCCCUGGAAAGAGUGGCCCUCCAGGACCAGCGGGGCUUAUUGGACCAGCAGGUGACGUCGGCCCGCCCGGGGAGAAGGGCAAUCGUGGACCAGCAGGACCUUUGGGUCCACCAGGCGAGAAGGGCUCAAUGGGCUACCCAGGUCUGCCCGGAGGGUCCGGGGAUGUGGGACCCCAGGGGCCUCCAGGUCCACAGGGCUUGAGAGGUGCAGUAGGUGUUCCUGGGAUGAAAGGCCGGAGGGGGCCAAGAGGAGGUGAUGGGCCCCUUGGAGAGCCUGGUCCUGAGGGUAGCAAGGGAGAGAAAGGAGCAGCUGGCAAGAAAGGAUCUCCUGGGUUUAUAGGCAAAGCUGGAGCACCAGGGAAGAGAGGCUCCCCAGGCACACCAGGAGGUGCAGGACCUUCUGGCAGUCCUGGAAGGAAGGGCCCUCAUGGUGAGCCUGGAGCCAGAGGACCUCCAGGAGACCCAGGAGCAGAUGGAGAACCGGGUCUCGAGGGGUCUCCAGGACCUGAGGGAGAGCAGGGCUUUCCCGGAGAGCCUGGGCCGAAGGGUGAAAUAGGACCAGCAGGGGCAGAAGGGGAGGAGGGACAGCAGGGUGUAAGGGGUCCUCUGGGUCCAGCAGGAGAAGAUGGACCUCAGGGAAAGGAUGGGCCGAAGGGAGAACCAGGUGACCGUGGGCCAAUAGGAGAGCCAGGAGACAGGGGCGAGGUUGGUGACCCUGGCCCUCCUGGAACUCCUGGGUUACCUGGUGCAAAAGGAUUCCCAGGGCCGGAGGGAAAACCAGGGUUACCUGGCAACCGUGGCCGUAGCGGCAAGAAGGGCGAGCGAGGUGCUCCGGGUCAGCCGGGUGAGACGGGCUCCCCUGGGGAUCUGGGACAGGCUGGGGAGAAGGGGCUGAAAGGUGCUCGGGGGACCCGGGGCCCACCGGGUCAACCAGGAGUUAUGGGUCUGCAGGGAGAACCAGGAAUGGAAGGGUACACUGGUCACACUGGCAAGCCUGGCUUGCUUGGCCCGCCAGGACCAAAAGGUGAAAAGGGUUACCCUGGAGAUGACAGUAAGACUCCAGGACCUCCGGGGCCCUUAGGUGAACCAGGUCCUCCAGGAGAGAGAGGUGAGAGAGGAGAACCAGGAGACGAUGGAUAUCAGGGUCAUGUUGGAGUCACAGGUGCCCGUGGAUCCAUGGGCCAGCAGGGGCCGCCGGGAUUACCUGGCAUUCCUGGUAAAGAAGGACCCAAAGGAGAUAAAGGAACUCAGGGACUACAAGGAAAAAAAGGUGCUCGAGGUCUGACAGGUUCACCUGGCCCAGAGGGGCCUACAGGUCUGCCAGGGCCCAAAGGCAUGAUGGGAUAUCCUGGACCUGAUGUCCCUCCUGGGUUACCAGGGUUACCAGGACUGCCAGGCCUAAUGGGCCACAGAGGUCAGCGUGGAGCCCCGGGCCCUGAGGGGAGGGCGGGGCUUCCUGGUCUGCGUGGGGACGUCGGCCUGCCCGGUGCUGUCGGAGACAGAGGGCCAUCCGGGUUGCAGGGUGAGAGAGCUUUGCCGGGUGAGAGGGGACCGGCCGGCACUAAGGGCAUGGAGGGUGCCUCCGGAGACCAGGGCAAGAUGGGUGACCCUGGGGUCAAAGGUCAACGGGGUGAAUCUGGUGAACAAGGCAUGCUUGGUCUCCAAGGUUUCCCAGGGCCCAAGGGUCCGGACGGUGAUUUGGGCUUUGCUGGUGCUUCUGGACCCAAAGGCCCAAUGGGGCCACUGGGUUUCACAGGUCCCAUAGGUCCAGUCGGGAUGGUUGGUCCGAUGGGGAGACCAGGUCCCCAAGGGCCCAAAGGAGGAACAGGAGAAAUGGGUCCCGCAGGGCCACGGGGUAGUCCAGGACCGAGGGGUCGACCCGGAGCUCCUGGGCCAGCGAGACGCCUGCGCGUGGAUGCAGCCACACUGGCCUUGGCGGAGUCCAACACGGCACUGCAGGAGAGUUACCAGAACACUCAGGUGUCCCUGGCGGACCAGAGCACGGAGAUCUUCAAGACCCUGGACCAGCUGAGCAACCUGAUCGACAGCAUCAGGACACCAGUGGGCUCUCGCGAGAACCCUGCCCGCUUCUGCAGAGACCUCCUGGAAUGCCAGCAGAGGAUGGCAGAUGGAAUGUUCUGGAUUGAUCCAAACUUGGGCUGCACUUCAGACGCUGUCCAGGUGUUUUGUAACUUCUCAGCAGGAGGCCAGACGUGCAUUCACCCCCUCGCCACUGAUAAGGUGGCGUUCGGCGUCAGUAAGGUCCAAAUGAAGUUCUUGCACUUGCUGAGCACAGAGGCCACUCAGACCAUUUCACUCCGCUGCCACAGUGACCCGGCAGUGGUCGCCACGGAGACGCCAGGGCCCUUGCGUUUCCAGGGUUGGAAUGGCCGGGUGUUUGAAAAAGACUCUAAACUGCAGACGCAGGUGCUUCAAGAUGACUGUGAGGUGCACGACGGCAGCUGGCAGCGAUCUUGGUUCCUCCUCCAGACUCAGGACCCCGCGCAGCUCCCCGUCGUGGCCGUCCAGGGUCUCCCACCGAACAGCACAGGGGCCUGGCGCCACCUGGAGGUGGGACCCGUCUGCUUCCUCUGAGCCUGUCUUCCACGCCCCUUGUCCAGGCCCAAAGGGACUUGCGCGUCAAGAUGGCUGCUCUCACAUCGGGGCUGUUGAGAAAGGAGGUUCUCCUGGCAUGUGUUGGGGGUUUCCCACUAAGCCCCACCCCUGUCCCCCAUUUACAGGGGGUUCCCCACUAAGCCCUGCCCCUACGCUCUCAUUUAUGGGGGGGGUUCCCUGAGACCACUAAGCCCCACACC